AUGGGUUUCUUUUCAACGGUGCUGUACGAACAGUACUUCCUCUCUAUCCCCGAACCGACUGCCUCCUUCUCACACAAGACUAUCAUCAUCACUGGAGCCAACAGCGGACUGGGCAAAGAAGCUGCUCGAUACUAUUCCAAGCUAGGAUGUACGCGUCUCAUCCUUGCUGUUCGAAACGUCAGCGCCGGCGAGGCGGCGCGUAAAGACAUCCUGGCGACCACCUCCGCCGCCGAAUCAACAAUCGCCGUCUGGGAGGUAGACAUGGCAAGCUUCGACUCUGUCGUCAAGUUCACUCAGCGUGCUAUCAACGAGCUCGAUCGUCUCGAUAUUCUAGUCUGCAACGCCGCCAUCAGCACUUCUAGUUUUUCUGAAAUGGAAGGCUAUGAAAGCAUAGCGACAGUCAACGUCCUCUCCACGCUGCUGAUGGCAACUCGCCUACUUCCGCUCCUCGAGAAAACAGCCGCGCUAGGCCCUGUACCGGGCGAUCCGCAGCCACGACCUCCUCAUCUCAGUAUGGUGACUUCUGACACGCACAUGAUGUCUAGCUUCAAAGAGCGCAACGAACCGUACCAAAAUCUCUUCUCCACGAUGACCACCAACUGCAAGACCUCUGGCACACGUAUGGCUGUCCAAUACGCAACCUCAAAGCUGCUCGUUCUUCUCUUAAUGCGCGACAUGGUAUAUCGUCAACUUCGCUCUGGUCCUAGCACCGGUAUCAAGGCCGUCAAGGACCCAGAGACGAUAUGCCCCGUCAUCAUCAAUGGACCGAAUCCAGGUCUAUGUCAGAGCGGACUGACGCGGGAGUUCCCUGUAAUGACACGCAUAAUGAACUUUGCUCUGCAUGCGCGACCCACUAAGAUGGGAGCCAGCGCCAUAGUGAAUAGUACCAGCGCUGGAUGGGAGACGAAUGGGCAGUAUUUGAGUGCAAACAAGGUGCAACGCGGAAGCGAUUUGAGCUGGGACGCAGCCGUGGCGGAGAAUCUUCGUAAAGCAGCAGACGAGUGCUUGCAGAAGUUUCAAACAGCUUAG